GUAAUGACAAAACCGCCGUUAAAAUGGGCGACGACCUGGUCGGCUCAAGAACCAAAAGACUUGCGGAGAUUUUCAACACUGUCUUCCAAGUUGAACGGAUGGGCUUCGGUCUGAAUGAUCCAAAAUUUAACGUCGACAAUGACGCUCUCGUAGGCAUUCGCGUGAGUACAACAGAAUUGACUGCGGCUAAUUUAUCAAAACACAACUCGUUGCUCUACGAUGCUCCUCCUAAAUAUGAAAAGCUCAAGCAUUUUGCUGGACAGCGCAGCAGAGUUGAUUCGACACCAAAGAACGAAGAUUAUGAGUUUGUUAAAAAAUGGAACAUUCAACGUAAGAAACCUCAGCAUCUUCGCGCGUACCCAGCUGUGUUAUCCGCAGCUGGGAGUAACGACAUGCAGAGUCACGUUUCGUUAUCCUCGGGUCGAAAACCGGAGGCGAUACCCAAGGAGAAACAGCUCAUCGAUUAUUUCGUAUCGGUAGCUGUUGGGGACAGGGAAGGGACAGAUUUAGACGUGCAUAGCUUCACGAAUCCCGAAACCAAAGUUUCAAGUCUGGCUUUAACAUCCAAAUGUCAAAUACCUGAGCAAAAUGAGAAAACGAUUGAUUUGACCUCAAACAGUCCAACGCUUAAGAAUGCAGAAGCAACACUUCAGUCUUCUGAUGGUCAAAUUGAGCCCCAGACAAUUGCAAGUUCUAAAGAAAUGAAAAGCCAUCCUGUGAUGAACACGAUCGGUGAUCCUCAACAGAGCCGAAAUCUGCCUCGAAUUUUACAACCACACCAAAACAAGAAAAUAAGCUUAGUUCAGGGCGAAUCUGUAAAUUUUGAAUCGGUCGUGACGUCUGAUGAGAAUCAAUUACACCUGCAGGCAGGCGCUUGUGUAGAGUUAAGGGGAAAACAUUCCAACGCCGGCAUUGACAGAAAGGCUUCUAUUACAGGGAACGAUUCAAAACAACCAGCCCUAUGCGAAGAGACUUUACGAUUUGAAGGUUCUAGAGCAAAAAACUAUGAGCGAAUUUUGCGCUCUCACACCGAAGAAAUGAAAUCUCGAUUGGGCCGGGUCAAGGUUCACGGUCCCCAGCCCAUGGAUUACAAUCAAAGCGCCGACGAAGACGAAUUGGAAGCUCAGGCCAAGCGAGACAUCCUGCAGGUGAUGAUGAAGAAAAAGAAGCAGUACCUCGCCCGGGCCAUCGACGAGGAGGAC